AUGGCAUCAAAAACAAAAAGUGUUGUUUGGAAUUUUUACGAAAAAUCAAAUGAUGGUGGCAUAUGCAAGCUAUGUCAAUGUUCGGUUAAAACUAGUGGCAAUACAACUAAUUUAAAAAACCACUUAAAACAAAUUCACUGCCUACAACAAGUACAAACAGGUGACGAUAAUGAAGAUGAUCCUAAUAUAGUAUUACCAGAGACUCAUUAUGCUGAUUUGGCAAAUGAAAUUAUCAGUAAAGCUAACAAAAUGCAAUCAACGCUUCAAGAUUCAACACUAGUUUCUCGUCCUCAUUCUUCAAUGACUUCAACCUGUUCCAAUUCAGACUAUUCAGAGUUUUCCGAUUCUAUGAUAAGUAGAACACGUACACCAUCAGUAUGUAGCUCUGUCCAAAGUCUCAAGCAGCCAAAAAUCUAUGAAUCACUCUCAGAUAUUAGAUCAUUUGAGCUUGGAGGUUCCAAAACCACAGCAAUAACUGAUGCGAUAGUGUACAUGAUCGCAAAAGAUAACAUGCCACUUUCGACAACUGAGAAACCUGGUUUUAUAUACUUUUUGAAUAAAGCAGCGCCAUUAUACAAAAUUCCAUCUAGGAAAACGGUCACCUCACUAAUAAAGAAUAAAUAUGAAGUUUUGUCAUCUCUAGUCAAAUCCAAAUUAUCCGGUAUACAAUUUAUGACUAUAACGGCUGAUAUUUGGACUAAUAUCGUGAACACUACUAGUUAUUUGGAACUGGCUGAUAGCCAUACCUCAGAACAUAUUAGUGAUUGGUUUGAAAAAUUGCUUAAAGAUUGGGGGGUCUCUAAGGAGCAAGUACUAACUGUAGUAACCGAUAAUGGUUCUAAUAUUUUGAAUGCCGUCAUCGCCAGUGAUGAACUAAGAAAAGUAUGCGAGUUUAAGCUAAAGCAAUCAGUGCCUACUAGGUGGAACUCAGUUUAUUAUAUGAUUGAAAUGUUUCUAUUAUGUUCAAACCACAUUGCAUCUAUAUUAAUCACCAACAGUCGUGGACCUUCAAUGCUAUCUGCAACUGAAAUAGACAUAGCUAGGGAAAUAAAUAUUGUACUUAAACCUUUUGAAGUAGUGACAAAAGAGUUAUGUGGGGAAAAAUAUAUCACUGGUAGCACAACCCUAGGUUUUAAAACACUUCAUUUAAAUAACCCACUGGAAACCUCUAAAGCCAUUCGUACAGUUCGUCUUAAAAUUAUAGAUUUAAAAACUAAUUCUAGUGACUCUAAUGUUUCUAAUAAAGACUCUAGUGAUGAUGAUACCGAACGGGCUGAUAGUUUGUGGUCUUUUCAUAAUGAAUUGGUCUCAAAAAAAGCCUCGGAAAAUUCUGAAGACAACAAUGAGCGUAUGCCAACUGAUUUAAAACAUUUCUUAAACCAACCAACAAUAUCCUUAAAUGAAAAUAUAAUUAAAUUUUGGAAUGUACAUAAAACAAUGUAUCCUCACAUUGCUAAAGUAGCUGAGCCUUAUUUGUCAAUAGUGGCUACAUCAGUUCCUUCUGAGAGAUUAUUCUCCAAAGCAGGUAAUAUUAUGAGCGCAAAACGAAAUAGAUUGAAGGGUGAAAAAUUGCAGCAUCUUUUAUUCCUAAGUUCACUGAAUUUAGAUGACUGGCAUUUAAAAUGA